AUGCUUGAAGGUAAAUUUGACGAAGCCAGUCUUCUCAAGAAGAUUGUGGACUCCAUUAAAGAUUGUGUGAAAUUGUGCAAUUUCAACUGUACGGAACAUGGAAUCACAGUGCAAGCUGUUGACGAUUCUAGAGUGCUUUUAGUGUCUUUGCUCGUGGGUCUGUCGGCUUUCUCAGAGUACAGAUGCGACCGUGAUAUCACAUUGGGAAUUGACUUGGACUCAUUUUCCAAGAUCAUCAAGUGUGGUAACAACGAAGACUACUUGACCUUGUUGGCUGAGGAUUCGCCAGACAACGUCAUGACCAUCUUCGAAGACAAGAAGAAGGAAAGAGUUUCGGAGUACUCAUUGAAAUUGAUGGACAUUGACUCUGAGUUCUUGAGAAUUGACGACAUGCAAUACGACUCUGUGAUCAACAUGCCCAGUACCGAGUUCUCCAAGAUUGUGAGAGAUUUGAAGAAUCUUAGUGAGUCGCUCAACAUCACCGUCACCAAGGACUCUGUCAAAUUCAGCGCCGAGGGUGAGUCUGGUACUGGUUCGGUCGUUUUGAAGCCUUACACGGAUAUGGACCACCCGGAGGAGUCAGUGUCUGUCAACUUAGAGAACCCAGUGGACUUGACUUUCGGCUUGAAGUACUUGAACGACAUCAUCAAGGCCACCGCAUUGUCUAGUACCAUCACCAUCAAGUUGGCCGACAAGACGCCUGCAUUGUUUGAGUAUAAGUUGGAUGCUGGAGGAUACUUGAGAUUCUACUUGGCUCCAAAGUUCGAUGAGGAUGAUUAA